AUGCCACUUGCGCGCAUCAAAACUCUGCUCUGGGGCCCUCCAUCACAGGAGCGGCCCCUGGUCAUCAAGCUCGACUUCACGCUGCUGCCCUACUUCUCGCUGGUAUGGUUCCUCUUCGGCGUCAACCGGGCUAGCUACAGCCACGCCUACAUCAGCGGCAUGAAGGAGGAUGUAGGGUUCCAGGGCAACGACUACAACCUCAUGACGACCAUCUACCUCGUCACCUACGCCGUCUUCCAGAUCCCGUCGACGUCGCUGCUGACGCUGGCCCGCCCGAGAUAUGUCUUCGUGGCCGCCAACGUCACGUGGAGUGUCCUGACGCUCAUCACGUUCCGCAUGCAGCACGUGUAUCAGAUGUUUGUGCUCAACGCGUUCGAGGGUGCGUUUUCGGCUAUCGCGUACGUCGGUGCGCACUUCAUCUAUGGCUCUUGGUACAAGAAGUCCGAGCUCAGCACCCGGGCCGCCGUCUUCUGCUGCUUUGGGCACCUAGGCAGUAUCGCCGGCGGGUGGAUACAAGCUGGUCUACUAGAGACCUUGAAUGGCAAAGGAGGUCUGCCGGCAUGGCGCUGGAUCUUCGUCAUCGUUUCUGUGAUCACCAUUCCAGUUGCGCUCUUUGGCUGGGUGGUAAUACCAGACCUUCCUGUGCACAAGAGCGCAUGGUACCUAACACAUGAGCAAAGAGAGCUUGCCUUUGCGAGACUCGGUAGACCGUCCAAGCAGAGCUGGGACCUGACUGUCUUCCGCCGCGUUCUCUUAAGUUGGCAAUUCUGGUUACUGCCUUUUAUAUUCAUGCUAUACUCGCUCUGCGUUCAAUCGUUGUCCAACAAUGUCAUGCCGCUUUGGAUGGCUUCGAGGGGGUAUACCGUUGUCCAGCAGAACACAUACCCGACGGCAAUCUAUGCCACUGCCAUAGUCGGUACUAUCAUGUACGCUGUGAUAUCUGACAAGAUCCAGUCUCGUUGGCAGCCGUCGCUUGCGAUUGGCCUGACGUUUGUGGUCGGCAGUGCCAUUCUUGUGGCAGACCCCGUAGCGGACAGCGCGCACUUCUUCGCCUUCUACUUGCUCGGCACAACCUAUGCGCCCCAGGCGCUCUGGUAUUCGUGGAUGGCCGAUGUUACAGCGCACGACAUCCAGCUGCGGGCCAUCACAACGGGUUUCAUGAACUCGUUUGAUUUUGCCUUUGUUACCUGGUGGCCACUGAUUUUCUACCCCGUGACGGAUGCUCCGAAUUACCAAAGGGGUUACAUUGCUAGUCUGGUGACGGGCGCGCUAGUUAUCCCCUUUAUCGGGCUCAUUGCGUUCCUUGAGAAGAAGGACAGGAAGGCCGGCAAGAUCGGUAUGACGUUUGACGAUGCCGAGUCUGACUCGGAAGGUCUGACUGGAGAAAGGGCAUCUGCUGUGAUAGCCACGGGUGUCGGCGUCCCAGAUCCCGCCAAAAUCUCCUCAGCUCCUUAG